GGGCCCGGCGGGCCCCGCGAGCAGGCGGCGGCCCUGACCCGGGAUUUCCUGUCGCAGCCGCGCCUCACCUAUAAAACUGUCUCGGGUGUGAACGGCCCCCUGGUUAUCUUGGAUCAAGUCAAGUUCCCCAGGUACGCAGAGAUCGUCCACCUGACUCUCCCCGAUGGCACAAGGAGGAGUGGGCAGGUCCUGGAAGUCAGUGGCUCCAAAGCUGUGGUUCAGGUGUUUGAAGGCACUUCAGGGAUUGAUGCCAAGAAAACCUCCUGUGAGUUCACCGGGGACAUCCUGCGAACCCCGGUCUCGGAGGACAUGCUUGGCAGAGUGUUCAAUGGAUCAGGAAAACCUAUAGACAGAGGCCCCAUUGUCUUGGCUGAAGAUUUCCUGGACAUUAUGGGCCAGCCCAUCAACCCCCAGUGUCGUAUCUACCCGGAGGAAAUGAUCCAGACUGGAAUUUCAGCCAUAGAUGGCAUGAACAGCAUUGCCAGGGGCCAGAAAAUCCCCAUCUUCUCAGCUGCUGGGCUGCCCCACAACGAGAUCGCAGCUCAGAUCUGUCGCCAGGCUGGCUUGGUGAAAAAAUCCAAAGAUGUGAUGGACUACAGCGAGGAGAACUUUGCCAUCGUGUUUGCUGCUAUGGGGGUGAACAUGGAAACCGCUCGGUUCUUCAAAUCAGACUUCGAGGAGAACGGGUCCAUGGACAACGUGUGCCUGUUCCUGAACCUGGCCAACGACCCCACCAUCGAGCGCAUCAUCACCCCCCGGCUGGCCCUGACCACGGCAGAGUUCCUGGCCUACCAGUGUGAGAAGCACGUGCUGGUCAUCCUGACAGACAUGAGCUCCUAUGCUGAGGCCCUGCGGGAGGUGUCAGCAGCCCGGGAGGAGGUUCCUGGGCGCCGUGGCUUCCCGGGCUACAUGUACACCGACCUGGCCACCAUCUACGAGCGCGCCGGGCGCGUGGAGGGCAGGAACGGCUCCAUCACCCAGAUCCCCAUCCUCACCAUGCCCAACGACGAUAUUACUCAUCCUAUCCCUGACCUGACUGGGUACAUCACUGAGGGACAGAUCUAUGUGGACAGGCAGCUGCACAACAGACAGGUGUGUGCUGCAAUACUUAGGAUUAUUCCUGUUAACUGUUGGAUGUUUCUCCCCCAGAUUUACCCACCCAUUAACGUCCUGCCCUCCUUGUCUCGACUGAUGAAGUCGGCAAUUGGGGAGGGAAUGACCAGGAAGGAUCAUGCAGAUGUGUCCAACCAGCUGUACGCCUGCUACGCCAUCGGGAAGGACGUGCAGGCCAUGAAGGCGGUGGUUGGGGAGGAAGCUCUCACCUCAGAUGACCUGCUGUACCUGGAGUUCCUGCAGAAGUUCGAGAAGAACUUCAUCGCUCAGGGUCCCUACGAGAACCGCACGGUGUACGAGACCCUGGACAUCGGCUGGCAGCUCCUGCGGAUCUUCCCCAAGGAGAUGCUCAAGAGAAUCCCCCAGAGCACCCUGGCAGAGUUCUACCCCCGGGAUUCCACUGCAAAGCACUAACCCAGCUGCCUCCCCCACCUUGCCCCCUGCUCUGUGAGGUGCUGGUUUGGUUUCCGUUCCCACGUGUUGGUGUUCGCUCGUCGCCCUUAGGAUUCACACCGGGAGUAGGUGACGCUCGUGCCACUGUUCCCGUGUCCACCGAGACCAGUCUUUAAAAUAUCCCUUCUCCCAGGAGGACACUUAGGCCAGCUCUUACAGAUUGUGCAAUAGCCACCACGAGGUUUGGUUUUUUCCUAGAGCUGAACCUUUCUGUAGGCAAUUUCAAGGGAGUUGUCCGAGGAUUACCAGGAACUGCAGAUCUUUGCUUGCAAACUGUGGUUUAGGGAACACGAAAAGAGCGAAUGUGACUUGCAUGACAACGUUCCUCUCUGGAAAAUGCAGGUUUUUUUGAACCAUGGCUUAAGAUUCUGAAAGGUUUGUGUGAAAUGAGGCCACGAGGAGGCAACGCUGGGGGGGCUUUUCCACCAGCAAAGGGUCUUUCAGGGGACACAGGCCAGUGAGUUGCUACCUGAAAGUAGCAUAAUUACUGAAUUAAAGGUUUUAAAUUGAAGCUUGCAGACUAAGUUUCCUACUUAACCCUUUCUUCUUUGGAUUCUGGAAAUGCCAGGGACACAAACCAGCAGAACAAGUGAUUCUGAGCUCAGAAGCGUCACCACAACUGCUGGUAGUUCAAGGCUUUGUGGUGCUGCUGAAGGGGAUCCUGAGGUGUGAGAAAAACCCACCUGUCACAAGUGGGAGCUCUUACAGAAUGUCCUGCACUAAAUGAUGCAACAGGAGGAGAAAAAAAAAAAAAAAAAAAAAGCUUUUAGUGUCAGAAAGGAUAUUUUGAAUCCUGCUCUGGGUGUGCUGGGCCCGUGCUGUGUCUGAAGCUGUUGUGGUUUGCACUCCAGGCACGGACUUGCCUGGCCCUGAGCUCAGCAUUCCCAAGCACUGCAAUCCUGGCCAGGCAGUUCCGUGCUGUUCUCUUUCCAGCGGGUUCAGACGAGGCUCCAGGCCCCGCUGCUGGCAAACUUCCACGCUUUCUUCCCAGGCUUCCCGCAGUCUGAGCUCUGCUCUGGCUCACCAAGGCGUGUUGCACCUCUCUGAACGCCUUCAGUGCCCGUCUGGGGAGGUGUGAACAUGCUAAUUCCAGCUCCCUGACGUCUCCCAUGUGUGCAGUUCCCCCUAGCUGUGUGUUCUCUGUGACUGCAGGAGCGACUCAAUCCCGGUGCAUUCCGCCCAAAGCUGUGUCAAGUCUCUCUUGUUUGUUUGUUUGUUUUUUUUUCCUUGAGGUCAGGAUGGGAGGUUGGAAGCGUUGGCAUGAAAAUACUUUAAUGUAGAGGAUAUAUCUAAAUAAAUUAAAUAUGGAAGGUGUUGAA